CAACAACUUAUACAAAGUCAGUCAGUUCGCACAUGUCCGAUCUAACACCAAUUUCUACGUUAGCUCUUCAGUCGCCGGACGUUCUCUGGGAAUCCAACUCCGAAGCAAUUCUUCCCAGGAUGGGUUUGUGGACUUUGUUGGAGGGAUGUCUGCUACUUGCAAAUGCAUUAGCCAUACUAAACGAAGACCGUUUCCUCGGACCUAGAGGAUGGAGCUUCUCUGAAUUCUCGGGAGGCCGAACAAAGUCUUUCAAGGGGCAGCUUAUAGGUCUUAUUUACGCAACACAGUACAUGAGAGUUCCCCUCAUCAUACUUAACUCCAUAUGCAUUGUUGUAAAGCUUGUGUCUGGGUGAAAUCUCCUGCUGAUAAGGGGUCUCCCCUCAUUUUCGUGCAGGAUUGUGACAGGGGGCUGAAGCACACACGGUUGGAGAGGUUGGUUACAGUGUUCGUUGUAUGAUUAGUGCUUUUAGGACGGUUUUGCCCUGCUUUUCUUUUUAAGAACAACCAUUAGUUAUAGAGAUGACGAUGUAAUGGAGUUUGAGGUUCUGUUCUUGUGGUAUUAGAUGAAGAGUUUUUGAAAUGUUAACUUUAUACCUAGUGUACUUUCAGUUAUGGCCUUACCGGUGGUCUGAAAUAAUGUAUCUCCUCCUGAUUGACUCAGAAGACAAGUUGAGACGUUUAGUUAGUUUGAAGUAUUUGCCAGUGUACAUUACUGCUCAUUAUACAGAGG